UGCACACUUAGUAAAUUUCAUUACAGUUCAUGAUUACUAUAUUGUUGAUGUCAAAAUAUUUAAAUGUUUCAUCUCAGUCAAUUUUGUCUUAUUGAGAAAAUCAAAUAAUUAAGAUCAAAUACAUUGUGCAGCACCUUUCAUGAUUUUGCAAUAAGCAAAUUCCGAAUAUGACGAAUGAGAGUGUUAUAGAUGACUCUUUAUACAGCCGACAGCGGUAUGUCCUUGGCGAUGGCGCAAUGCAGAGAAUGGCAAAGUCUUCCAUACUUGUCUAUGGCAUGGGCGGUUUGGGCAUUGAAAUAGCAAAAAACAUUGUCCUUGCUGGUGUAAAGAGUGUGACAGUGCAGGACCCGUCCCCAUCGAGAUUGAUGGACCUGGGAACACAGUUCUUUAUAUGGGAAGAAGAUGUCCAAAAGGCCAAAAACAGGGCAGAAGCCAGUUCUCCCAGGCUAUCGGAGCUGAAUCCAUAUGUGUCAGUGAACAAACGGACUGACGGCCUCACUGACAGUUCAGACCUUCAAUACCUCACCCAGUUUCAGUGUGUGAUAAUGACUGAGGUGUCAUUGACCGUUCAGGUGAAGGUCAACAAUUUCUGCAGAGCAAACAAUAUCAAGUUCAUCAGCGCAGAUGUGUUUGGAGUGUUUUCUGGGGCAUUCUGUGAUUUUGGUGACAGUUUUGAGGUGUCAGACCCAAAUGGUGAAGAGCCAAAAGAUGUUUUAAUUAAGGAAAUCACUAAGGGUAACCCGGGUGUGUUGACCACACUGGAGGAGACUAUACACGGGUUUGAGACAGACGACACCAUCACAUUCAAGGAGAUUGGCGGCAUGACAGCUCUCAAUGGCACGCAAUGCAAGAUCAAGGUGUUAUCGCCAACAUCAUUCAGUAUCUGCGUCACAUCAGGGUUCACUCCAUUUACAAAUGGAGGUGUUGCUGUUCAGGUCAAAGUUGGCAAAACUGUCAACUUUGAAUGUUUGGAGACCCAGCUGAAGAAACCAGAUAUCCUUGUGGCAGACUUCAGCAAGUUUCAGGUGCCAGGCAGUGUUCAUGCAGGAUUUAUAGCCCUCCAUAAGUUCCAGGAGGCAACAGGGCAGCUCCCCGAUAUCUGGAAUAAGAGUGAUGCUUCAAAAGUUGCUGAAAUUGUGAGCACCAUGAAAGCUGAUGGGGUUUUACAGGGGGUAGGAGAAGUGUGUGAGCGGACAGUGGAGCUGCUGUCAUAUACGUGUCGAGGUAGUUUCCUGCCCCUGUGUGCGGCCCUCGGGGGAAUUGUGGCCCAGGAGGGGCUGAAGGCAGUUACCGGCAAGUUCACACCUCUGAAACAGUGGCUUUACCUUGAUGCAAUGGAUGUUGUUGCUGAGACAAGUGACUCGCAGAACUUCCAGCCCAGGGGUGACCGAUAUGACCAGCUGAGGAUCUGUGUUGGGGACCCAGUUGUCUCUCAGCUUCACAACCUCAAACUCUUCAUGGUUGGGUGUGGUGCUAUAGGCUGUGAGAUGUUGAAGAAUUACGCCCUCCUGGGGAUCGGUACAGCGGGGAAAGGGCAGAUAACCAUAACAGACAAUGACCUCAUUGAGAAAUCAAACCUCAACAGACAGUUCCUCUUCCGCCCACAACACAUAAGACAACCAAAAAGUACGACAGCAGCUCAGACAGUGAAGCUUAUCAAUCCAGCCCUACGUAUUGUGGCCCAGCAGCACAAGGUCUGCGUGGAGACGGAGAAGACCGUGUACACUGAUGCCUUCUUCGAGGACCAGGAUCUCGUUGUGAAUGCCCUCGAUAACGUGGAGGCUCGCAGAUAUGUUGACAGUCGUAUUGUGACUGCUAGAAGGAGCCUGCUGGAGUCAGGAACCAUGGGAACGAAGGGCCACACCCAGGUGAUUGUGGCUCACCUCACAGAGUCAUACUCCAGCCAGCGUGAUCCUCCUGAACAGGAUGUUCCAUACUGUACACUGAAGUCCUUCCCUCGCAACAUAGAUCAUUGUAUACAGUGGGCUCGCAGCAAGUUUGAAAGUUCUUUUGCAAUGAAGCCAAAUAUGUUCAACAAGUUUUGGUCCUCAACUACAGAUGUUGACUCAUUAGUUGAGGGCCUUGAGAAUGGUGAGUGCCCAGACGGGGCUGUACAGGUGGGAAAACUUAUCAAAAUGUGCCCCCAAAGCUGGGCCAAGUGCCUCGAGAUCGCCAGACUCAAGUUUGAAAAGUACUUCAACCACAGGUCAAAGAACCUGCUUCAUGCUUUCCCCCUGGACCAGCUGAUGGCAGAUGGAACUCCAUUCUGGCAGGCUCCAAGACGACCUCCAAAGCCCAUUGAAUUCAACCUUGACAACCCAACGCACAUGCUAUUUGUACUAGCAACUGCCCGACUGUAUGCAGACAACUACAAUGUUACUGUCCCCAGCCCAGUGAACAAAGACGAGGCCAAGCAGAUAAUCUCAGCUGUGAAUGUCCCUCAGUUUGUCCCCUCCAACAAAAAGAUUGAGACAGAUGAGAGCAAGCCAAGCGGUGAGGAAAGUGCUUCGUUGUCGUCUGACGAGACCAAGUGGACCGCACAGGUUAUACGAGCAGCACUCCAGUCUCGUGGCAGGGAUACUGUAGUAGGCAAGCUGGUGCCAGCAGAGUUUGAGAAGGAUGAUGACAGUAACGGCCACAUUGACUUCAUCACUGCUGCUUCUAACCUGCGUGCCAGCAUGUACCAUAUAGAGGAAGCAGAUAGACUGACAAUCAAAAGAAUUGCUGGAAAGAUCGUACCUGCCAUAGCAACCACCACAGCUGCUGUAUCAGGACUGGUGACUGUGGAGCUUGUGAAGGUGGUGUGCCAACUGCCCCGGGACCGGUACCGCAACUGCUUCCUGAACCUUGCCCUUCCCCUCCUUCUCCUCUCAGAGCCUGGCCCUGCAGAGACUACCACCAUCAGGGAAGGAUUGGCAUUUACCAACUGGGACAUAUGGGAGGUGCAGGGGGGCCCAGACUUUACCCUCCAGAACCUGAUGGACAAACUCAAGGAGAAGGUUGGUAGCAAUGUGACGUUUGUCAGUCAGGGAGCUAGGCUCGUCUACAUGGCUUUCCUACCAGCACACAAGAAAAGACUCACUGAGAAGAUGAGCAAGUUGUUGAAGGGUUCUGCUGGGCGGAAGUACGAGGAUCUGGUCGUGUCCUUUGAGUCGGAUAUGGACGAGGAUGACAUCGCUGGGCCACCUAUACGAUAUUUCUUCUAGCUGUGAUAACUUCAACUUUCUACUGUUUUAUAUAGUUGAUAAUUGUGGAGUGAUUCUUGUUAGUAACUGUCUAUAUGUAUCUGAAGUUUAGAAAUUAUUGUGUUUAUAAUUUAUUUAUGUGUUUGAAAUCAUUGUUGUUUAGUUUAUAAAUGUUAUAUUACAUGGAAGUAAAAUUUUGUUCUGAAUAAGUGUAGUUGACAAAAUAAUAAUUGAUAACAAACUCGUAUAAACCAACUUUGUUAAUUUUAUACCAGGCCAAAUCAGUAAGAAAAUUAUGAAAUGAAAAUACAGUUCUUCUAAACCUCCUGAUGAACGACCUAACCUGAAAAGUGAAAAAAUUGAUACAUUUUUUGCUAAAUGUUAAUGUUCAAAAAUGUCCAAAAUGGACAAAUGUUAUUGGCCUUUCUUAUUUGAACAUAUUACUGGAUAAUCCAGUUCUUGGUUAUGCUGUGUGCUUCAUCAUAUACAAUGUGACAUUUAACUUGCUCAUUUAGGGCUAAUUAUUAAAGAGAUAAAACUUUUCAAUAUCAAACCAUGUUAUCCUUGAUGACCUUGUUGGUAGCUGUCC